UGUCGUUCAGUUUAUAGAAACACUACUACGAAAAUGAGUUUAGAAAUGUCACAUCAAGGCGCUUUCCGAAGAGAGUUAAUUGGCGUUAUACAAAUAUUUGUUGAGGCAGCUGUUACUGAAAUAGGCAAGUAUGUAGUUGACAACGUUAAAUGCAAGGGGAUGCCUUGCUGUGAAGUCAAAACAGAGGCAAGUCAUUCACCAGCAUCCGAAGCGGAGAUGGACAAUGGGAAACUCACAAAGUUCCUGUUGUCGAUCCUGGAGAGGUUAUCCAAAGAUGCCAUGGACAAAAUCAUCAUUCUAAUGCAGGAGGUGUGUGCCACGCUACAGAUGGAAAUAAGGGAUUGUCAGAUAAAAUAUGAAGCCCUGCGAUCAAAGAUUCUGUCACUGGUAGUCACGCCAGAAUAUCUAACAUGUUGCCCUGAAGGACUACAUGGAAACAAAUCUACUGUCAAAUCAUGCGACUCUGAUGUCCAAGUUAGUGGACUGACAUUGGGUACAUGCCAGACAGUGUCUAGUGAAGAAGGUCUGCUGGAUGUUUUAAACAGAUUUUCAGAUAACAUGAAAACGACUGAGCUGUCUAAUGAGAGAACCUCCCAGCGUCUGAGCAAUGAGUCCAGGACCAACACUGCCGAGGCUGUGCCUGUAACACUGGAAUACACCGAAAAUAAGCUUAAUGCUCCUCAUGCGAUUGGUGGAAACCAGCAGGGACAGGAUGAGAACGCCGCUCCUUCCGUAAACCGCCAGAGCCAGCGCUCAAGAGGCAGCGGAAGGGUCCGGAAGUCCGGCGCCGGCGCCGUCGCGCCAUCGCAGACCUUCAGCUGCAGCCACUGCGGCAAGGCGUUCGGCAAGCGGAGCAAUCUGAAAGCCCACCAGGUGGUGCACACGGGCGAGAAGCCCUUCAAGUGCAAGCAGUGCGGCAAGGGCUUCACCACGCGCUGCAGCCUCAACGUCCACCAGCUCACCGUGCACAAGGGCGAGCGGCGCUUCAAGUGCGCCUACUGCGGCAAGGUGUUCGGCACGCAGAGCCACCUGAAGGAGCACCAGGUGGUGUUCGACGGGGAGAGCACUUCCAGCUGCACCCUCUGCGGGGUCAGUUUUCCGGCCAAGUGCAGCCUGAAGCUGCACUGGAGGACCGAUCACAAGGGAGAGAAGAGGUUCGGGUGCAGACUGUGUGGGAUGGUUUUCCCCAAGGUGAAGGAGUUGCGGACGCACCAGGUCAUUCAUACGGGGAAGAGGCCCCACAGCUGUGACACCUGCGGCAAGAGCUUCACGGCUCGCCGGAGCUUAAACGUGCACCUGCUCACCAUUCACAAAGGAGAGAAGCCGUUCAGGUGCGACGUGUGUGGGAAAUGUUUCAGCCAGAAGAGCGGCCUCAAAUCGCACCAGCGCGUCCACACGGGGGAGAAGCCGUACACCUGCGACAAGUGUGGCCGGAGCUUCAGCAUGAAAAGCGCCUUCAACACCCACCAGAGAGUUCACACGGGCGAGAAGGCCUUCAGCUGCGAGAUCUGCGGCAAGUGCUUCAGCAUCGGUGCCAACCUGGCGCGGCACCAGCAGAUCCACACCGGCGCCCGGGCCUACAGCUGCGACGUGUGCCAGCGGCGCUUCACGCAGUCGGGGCACCUGCGCGCGCACCGGCGCCUCCACACGGGCGAGAAGGCCUUCAUCUGCGACACGUGCGGCAACAGCUACAACCAGCUGCACACGCUCAAGGUGCACCAGCGGCUCCACAGCGGCGAGCGGCCGUACGCGUGCCCGGCGUGCGGCAAGAGCUUCCGCUCGGCCAACUACCUCCGGCGGCACCAGCGGACCCACGCCGGGGCCGAGGCGGCGCGGCCGCACGCCUGCGAGGACUGCGGCAAGCAGUUCCACACGCCCGGCGCGCUCCGGGCCCACGCGCAGGUCCACCGGCCCACCAAGCCGUUCACGUGCGACGUCUGCGGCCAGGGCUACAGCUCGCUCAGCUACUUCAACACGCACCGGCUGUCGCACAGCGAGGGCAAGCCCUUCGACUGCCCCACGUGCGGCAAGAGCUUCAUCACGCAGGGCAGCCUGGAGACGCACCGGCGCGUGCACACCGGCGAGCGGCCGCACAGCUGCGGCGUGUGCGGCCGCAGCUUCACCGUGGCACAGAACCUCAGCCGCCACAUGCGCGUGCACACCGGCGAGAAGCCGUUCGCCUGCGGCCAGUGCGGCAAGCGCUUCACGCAGGCCAACAACCUCAAGGCGCACCUGCUGGUCCACACCGGCGAGAAGCGCUUCGGCUGCGACAGCUGCGGAAAGAGCUUCGCCUCUCAGAGGACUCUGACGUAUCACAAGUGUGCCGGCGACGUAAAGGAUGUUUCACUGCAAUAGUGAUUAUUGCAAUUGUGAGCGAUGAAACUGAUGGCCUUGCUUGUUGUUUCUGUGGGCGAGUCGAUGUUUGUAUAGUACAUGAACUUGACUGAUAAUGAGGUAUUUUUCAAGCAAGUUAUUGCAUUGUUAUCAACAGCAUCACACAGUAUUUUCUCUGAAUUUGGAAUAUGAUUAGACAAUCAACCACAUGCUAAGAUUACUAUAUGAAAUUAUUAAUCAAUAAAUAAACCAUAAGCCUACUCUAUAGAAAUAAGAGUACGCUAUAUGAUUCUGAUGCAGUUGUUUGCAAAACAUAUUUGCUAAUGUGUUUUCGAAUUUCUGAAAGCAGGCAACUGAAUUUUCGGACUACAACUAGGGUUAGGCACUGGAGGGGCUUUGUUGGGUUAUCAGGUUCAUCCAGAGUAAUCCUGUUGAAGCUUUUGAGAAAAAGGACUCAAUCAGCCUGUAACUCAAGAUCUGGACAUCUGUGACCAUCAAUUUAUAAUAAGUUGAUGUCACUUUAUCAAUUUACUUUGGAUUAUAAGCUUUUACAUUUAGCAAUCUGACCUUUGCUAAAUGUUGCACUGCAUUCUAUUUUUACUACUAUUCUCUGUGGAGGCAAUAAAGUCACAGUGU